GACUAAAUAAAAUAAGGACUAGUAGGUUUAUCCUAUGAACUAUAGAUUUUUUUCUCAAAUCUGACGUUAUCUGACGACUGUGACCCACUGUGUAAUUAGGCAUUUUUAAUUUCAGUAAAAAUAUAAUUAGACAUGGCUGGCGAAAGUGCAGUAUCGACAGCGAGCAAGCCUCAGAUGCGAGGUCUCCUCAAUGCCGUCAUCAAACGUAACAUUAUUGUUGCUUUGGCUCUCUCUGGCGUCGCUGGUUUUACCUUCAAACAGAUCAUUGGUAAUGAGCGCAAGAGAAAGUAUGCUGAAUUCUACAGAACCUAUGAUGCUGAAAAGGAAUUUGAGGAGAUGCGCAAGAAGGGUCUAUUCCAAUCCUGCUAAAUAUGAACUAUCAUAGUGUAGUAUUAUUAUUAUUUUGCUGUGAAUAAUGUUAUAAUUUAAAUAAAAAACUUGAAGGAGAAUCGCUUU